CCUGUCUCCUUCUCAUCACAGCAUGGAUCCUCACCCCAACUUUAUUUCGGUGUUUUAGACUUAGUUUUACGUUGCCUUUGGAUUAACGGUUUUCGCCUGGACUCCGUUACUCAUCUAGACGCCAUGUUUACCACCACCGGCUCUCGGGGCCUCUAUAAGGCUCCUCUGUCUAAAGGCCUCCUCCUGGUUCUCAAUGGGCUGACUGUGAUGCUCACCCUGCUGCCACAGUACCAAGAACUGUUUGUAUACAACCUACAGGCUGUCACCCACCAGCACCAGGUGUGGAGGUUGUUGUGUGGCAGGUUGGUGUGUCUAGAUGUGAAGGACUCCUUUUGUAGCAGCCUGCUCAUUUACAACUUCCGAAUCUUUGAGAGGAGGUUUGGCACCAGGAAGUUUGCUUCCUUCCUGUUGGGCACUUGGUGUCUGUCUGCGCUGAUGGACUUCCUGCUGGCCCAGGCUUUCCAGUUCUUAUUUGACUAUGAAGUCGAGGAACUGCCUGCAGGACUGCUUGCUCCAGUCUUCUCUCUUUUUGUGCCUUUCUACCUGUCGAUCCCCAGGAUGCCAGUCACCCAGGUCCUGGGCCACAUCCACAUCACCAACAAGUCUCUGGUCUACAUAGUAGGCUUGCAGCUGUUGACUUCCAGCCCCUUCAUGUGGCUUCUUGCACUCAGUGGACUGAUCUCAGGCGGGUUGUACCACUCCAAUGUUCUCCGGCUACAGAAGCUCCUCUUCAUACCCUCCUGGGUGUCUCGUAUUGGACGGUAUAUUUUGGAGCCACUCUUCUCAAGCUCCCAGCCAAGCAGUGAGACACCUCUGGGGAUGGGUGCCACUCUGGACAUCCAGAGGCAGCAGAGGAUGGACCUGCUCGACCAACAGCUGCUGCUGGCCCAGUACAAUGAGGCCAGGAGGAACACCAGACAACAGCCACAGCCUGGGUUGUUACAGUGGACCAGGUUGUUUCCCUCCCUGAGACACAGAGGACAGAACCGACCCCCAAUGCAGCCCCGCCCCCAGGCUCAGACACAACCAUCCACACAGCCACCACUAUUGGACAACUCUCCUGUGGCAGAGGAGCAGGUUGCACGACUGGUGGAAAUGGGCUUUUCCAGGACUGAUGCCCUUGAGGCCCUCAGAGCUUCAAACAACGACAUCAACAUGGCAACCAACUUCCUCUUGCAACACUGAAAGAAAGAGAGCAAGCCCAGUGAGAAAAACAGGUGAAUAAGGACACAGAGAGAAAGAAGGAAGAGAAGCAACCAAAGCAGAGGAGCAAAAAGCAAAACGGAGACAAAAUGUUGGAGAGAAUGACAAUGAAUGAUGGAGAUUGGGAGAGAAGACAACAGAAAUUUGUACAGAUAAUCUGCUGUGUCACUGCUCCCUGAAGCAGUGUUAGGCUGACCCGACCUGAGCGGAGCCUGAUCGCUGGCUGAUUAAUGAAGAAGUGUGAAGCACAAAGUGGGAGACAUUUGCGUCAUCGCUUUCUGAUGGUCAUCGUAGUGUGAAACAAUCAUUGCUCAAGGCAGAUGAGUUAGACCUCUAACUCCAAGGGGAUCCCUAUGAAACAUAUUCAGAAACCAAACAGGUCAGAGCUUUGCUCACGGUACACUUUGAACGCUUCAGAGUCUUCUGUCCAGUGGAGGACAUAAAAAAGUGGGAGAUUUCUUUAAAACAACUGAUGCUGAAGCACACACAUCAGCUGAAAUUCCACACACCCUCCACAUGGAUACCCACUUAUAGCUGUGUGAAAUAGAUCUCUAUAACCCACUGUCAUUACUGCCAUACUACUGGCUGCUGUGUAACCAACAUCUUAGACCCUGAUAACUGGUCAGAGAUGAUAAAUAUGUCUCAGAAGAUUAAGAAAGAGGUGCACAAGGUUUUUGAGAGAGUGGAUUAGAGAACAUUAUGUCAUCUGUCAGGUUUUUGACAAAUUUUUAUUUUUCACUGAGACAAUAGUCUCAGUGAAAAAUACCUCAAUUCCUUAACCUCCUUAAUUACAUGAGGAGGUUCAGAGGUCAUGAUUACAACUUGGGAAUUUAUGAUUAAAGAAUCCAUGAACAAUCUAACAUACAUAACAGGGUUUUAUUACACAGAUGUUAUUUCUUUAUGUUGGCAGUGUGUCACGGAAGUAGCAGGGCUCAACCCUUUCCUGCUUGAGAUGUUUUAACAAAGCGGUAAGCCUGAUUGACAGCUGCUGCAAGAGCCACAUUUCAGCGCUGAGUGGUUCGGCCCCUUUUGUAACUCUACAAGUCCACUGUCUGUAACCGACAGGGCUGUUUGGCAGGACACAGGUCAGAUGGGUUAUCUCAGGGUCUCUGAGGCGACUUCCUCUGUUCAUGGCAUUCACAUUUAAGGACAUUGAGUGCACACAGAGGUGCACAGUAGCCUGUCAAGGAGGUCAUGUUUCACACCCUUGACUGUCUGUCUCUUUCAUCAUUUCAUGCUCUCAGAUGCAUUUGCACACACUCCUCAAGGUUUUAUUUAUUCUGUCUUAACUGAGUUUGAGUCUUUUCUCUGACAGCACAUGUGUCUGGAUCUUGGCAAGUCUUAAAAGUCCGAUGAUAUUCAUUCUGCAAUAUCAUGACAAGAAAUUUAUGGAGACUAUGCACUGCAUAGUAAUUACUUUGUGUAUAUAAAUGUGCAGACAUUUUGUGGAAGAGAAGUUAUAUUGCAGCCACUAUGUAUUGAUGUCAAAGAAAGAUGCUAGUUUUAUAUUUUGUGCAUAAUAAUAUUGAUAAUAUAUGACCACUGAGAUGAGUCUGUCAUUUGUGUGUAUGUAUUUUUGAGAGUGAAAUAAUAGUUGAUGGGUGUGAUGAGGGAGUUGUUGCAUGGACAACUUUCUGAUAAACUGUAACAAAUCAUAUUUGAUCUGUGGAAUAAAUCAACUUGCUGACUAAUAA